AUGACAAGGCCAACGUUCUAUGGGAACGAAAUCACAACUUUUUCCAGACAUGGGCAUCCUGAUCGGACUUAUCGAGUGUACACGCCCUCGGGAUACAACACCUCCUCACCCUCCAAAGUUGUCCUUGCCUUGCAUGGUUGGUGUGGAGAUGGCAGCGAUUGGACUCUGGAUGAAGAUGUUCGUCGCGCAGCAGAUGCUUUCAACUAUGUUGUGGUAGCCCCGGAUGGUUUGGGAGACAACGAAGGGAUGUGCAAUUCCUGGUCGAUCAAGGGAUCCACCGAUGGCUUGGGAUUGCAGGUGACAGCAAACGAAGACACUGUUUCUAGUGGCAGAGCUGCAACCUGUGAUACAUCCCAGGCAAGUCCCGACAAUUGCUAUCCAUCCUGUUCUGCGGCUAGCAUCUGCCAAAACCGGUGCUCAUGGACGCACUGCCAGGAUGAUGAUGUCCAGUUCGUCUACGACAUUCUGGAUGCACACGCAAGCGGCUCCAUCAACUCCCUUUCGGACUUUGUUUGCUUUGAUCCAAGUCAAGUCUUUGUCAUGGGAGCCAGCAAUGGAGGCAUGAUGACAUGGGAAUUGGUACAGGAUAACCGAACGUCGGCACUGUUUGCAGCGGCCGCUCCCAUGAUUGGCCUUCCUCACUGCGAUUACAAUCUCCCGGGCAAUGUCCCCGCGAUUUCGCUCAUGUCCAAAGACGACCAGACCGUAUCUCCGUCCAACUUGCCCUAUCCAGGAAAUCCAGCCGACGUUUGCAUUACCAACCGCGAUGGAGAGGGAUACAAAUACGUUUCCAGUCAUCGCAUCACCAGCACCUUUGCCCAAGCCGGUGGGUGCCGCGUUCAAGAUCGUGCAUUUCCUUCCUUAGAAUGGGAAGCGGGAACUGAUCAAGUCAAGUGCAAAACAUGGUGCCCCGGAGACAGCCCUUUCUCUGUGGAUUGCGCCUUCACGGCAGGUCACUGGACGCCGGAUUAUGUGUAUGAGGCUGCGUUUCGGUUCUUUGAACGUCAUUCGUGA